UGUUUGUGUUCGUUUAUUACCUGCGUUGAGCUCUGAAAUAAAGAUGAUGCUGCCCCUUGUAAAGUAAAACGAGUCUGUUGUUUGAUGUCUUUCUUUAUCGCGCCAAAAAAGGAAGUGCUGGUGUUAUGUGAAUGUUAAUUCUCAAGUAAAAACGAAAUUAAAAGCAAAGAGGAUUCCUGCUACACUAACAGUCAGUGAAGAUGGACGUCAGUGUCUCCGUGUCGUUCCUUCAAGACGAGCUCGCCUCUACCAUCGAGCACGCAGUGAAAGCGGCUGUAGACACCGUCUUGUGCCAAAUCACAAAAGUUGUCGGCGGCAAAUUCACUGAAUUCCGAAUGGAAAUGGCUGGAAAGGAGAAAGAGAAUGAAAGUCUGAAGCUGAGAUUGGAAAUAUCAGAGAGCGAGUUGAAAGCAGUGCGGGAAUGCAUGAACGCUGCAGAUGCAGACAUUAAACAACCUCUCAGAAACAUGAACCCCGACUGCAAUGAACAAGACUUUCAGAGGAAUGAGAACCAGGGAUUAUUUCAAGAUCCCAAAGAGAGCCGUGCUGUACCUAAAUCUGAAGCACAGGAGGGUCCAAGGAUAGAAGCAGUUUACAAACAAGAAGAGUCCUUUGACCAGGAGUGGUGUGCAAGUCUAAAGCAGGUUACAGAGCUGACAUGUGUUAAAGAUGAAGAGGUCCCUCGACUGGAAUGUGUUCCUAUUAAAGAGGAAUUCAUAGAACAGGAAUGUGUCCCCAUCGCAGAGGAAGUUCCUGCUGAAAAUAAUGUCUGUACACUUGAGGAGAACAACACGCUGGGAUCCAGCCUGUGUGAUGAUUGUCCACCUGAAUGUGAACUGGGAUUUAGAGCUGCUAAAGGAAAUAUCACAGGAUGGACUCCUUUAUCACAGCUUAAAAUCCACCAGCGUGUUCACACGGGAGAGAAACCUUAUCACUGCACUGAGUGUGGGAGGAGUUUCAGUCGUUCAGCAGACCUGAAAAGACACCAGCGCAUUCACACAGGAGAGAAACCUUAUCACUGCACUGAGUGUGGGAGGUGUUUCGCGCUGUUACAAAAUCUUAAAAGACACCAGCGCAUUCACACAGGAGAGAAACCUUAUCACUGUAAUGACUGUGGGAAGAGAUUCAGUCAUUUAUGGCACCUUAAAAGACACAGUUGCAUUCUCACAGGUCCGAAACCUUAUCACUGCACAGAGUGGGAAGAGAUUCAGUCGUUUAUUGUGCCUCAAAAGCCACCAGCGCAUUCACACAGGAGAGAAACCUCAUCACUGCUCUGAGUGGGGGAAGAGAUUCACAGUUCGGAAAUCUUCGAUCACCAGUGGACUGUCCAAAAAUGAGAAAUCUGUACAGUUUCUGUCAGUUCACACACAUAAGAACAUAAGAAAGUUUGCAAACAAGAGGAGGCCAUUCAGCCCAUCUUGCUCGUUUGGUUGUUAGUAGCUUAUUGAUCCCAGAAUCUCAUCAAGCAGCUUCUUGAAGGAUCCCAGGGUGUCAGCUUCAACAACAUUACUGGGGAGUUGGUUCCAGACCCUCACAAUUCUCUGUGUAAAAAAGUGCCUCCUAUUUUCUGUUCUGAAUGCCCCUUUAUCUAAUCUUCAUUUGUGACCCCUGGUCCUUGUUUCUAUUUUUAGGUAAAAAAAGUCCCCAGGGUCGACAUUGUCUAUACCUUUUAGGAUUUUGAAUGUUUGAAUCAGAUCACCGCGUAGUCUUCUUUGUUCAAGACUCGCCACAAAGCGCUUUACAUGAUAAGAAACACAUACAAAUAUAAAUAUAUAUAGUCAGCAAUAAAACACGAAUACAAUUAUGUUAUAUACGUAUACAGAAGCGAGAGAAUAUCACUUUAAAAACUAUUGUAUCACCUUUCUUUUAGCGCCAUUCAAAAAUAAAAUAACCAUUCUGAUGGAUUAUUUGUUGAAUCAUUGUGAUUGUGUGUAAUCUCAUGUUUACAUGGUAACAGCUGAUGCAUUUUCUUGUUUUAUGCAUUUAAUAUGAAUAUAAAACAACAAAACUGCUGUUAUGAUCUGCAAUAAAUGCACCUGAUGGUUAAUUUGUAAACUCUUAUUGUGUUAUUAUCUUUUAACAGCUUCAGAGUUGCUAUGGCAUCAGUUUUUCACCCAGGAGAUCUGGUGACUCUAAACUACAUAGACAGUGCAAGUAAAUGAAGCUCUAAUAGAAAUUUGGUCAGACACAAAAAUCAAAGCAGAACUGGAGACAAGUCAUGGAAAUUUGUAAAUGAUAUUCAGCCUUCUCAAAUUAUUAUUUAGCAGAUGCCUUUAUCCAAGGUGACUUACAGAGUCUAGGGUGUGUGAACUAUGCAUCAGCUGCAGAGUCACUUACAACUACGUCUCACCCGAAAGACGGAGCACAAGGAGGUGAAGUGACUUGCUCAGGGUCACACAAUGAGUCAGUGGCUGAGGUGGGAUUUGAACCGGGAACCUCCUGCUUACAAGCCCUUUUCUUUAACCACUAGACCACACAGCCUCCUAAUUACUUUGUCUAAUGCCUACAGUAGGAGAACCGUGCAGUAUUGACAAACUGAAACCACUAUUCUCCUACUGUAGGCAUUCAGCACACUUAUUAAUUACAUUAUCUAAGUGAUCCCCAGUGCUUUCUCCCACAGCAGUAUGUAAGAAUCUAAAACACGCUAUUAAAAACUGGAGCAAUAUAUCAAUCGCUGCCAUUGAAAAAAAUAUUUCUAUCGGUAACCUGAGAACGAAUGCCAAAGGUUCAC